UUUUAUAAAAUUUCAAUUAAUUCCAAGAAAGCCAAACUUAAAUUAUGGAAGAUCAAACAAGCAUGGCUACCAAAGAGAGUAGCCUCAACAGCAGAAUCAAGCUGAACUCCUAUAGCAUCAACACCAGAAAUCUCGACCAUACCUCCACUAAGGACUCUGGGUGGACUUCAAAGUGGACUGGAAUGAGCCAGAAACAGGACAAAAGUUUAUGCCAAGAUUACAGCUUCCUUAAUAAAAGAAGGCAAGUUAAAAGGAAAGGGAGAUUUUACAGAAAUAUAAAAGCAAGAAAGAUCAAUUUUCCCCAAAGUAGCUUUGGGAAGCUUUAUAGUUCUAAAAGUGCAGUUAAACCUCGAAGAAGAUGUAAGGUUAGCCAUAAUGCUCUCUUUUGCUUCUCUCCUAUCGAGAAAGAGAUAACCAGUGAUCCAAGAAGAAUGAAUCGUUCACCAGAUUUGAAAAAUACUCAACUGAUUAACACGAAAACACCAAUUGAGAAAAAUUCUCAGUUAUCAAAAUGCCCAAAACAUUCAGGGAGAGCAACCAGAUUUUCGACUAAAAUAUUAUACGAUUGGAGCAAAACAUCUCCUUUAAUAGAGCAAUCUAAAACAAUGCUUGAUCAAUGCAAAGGAAUGUUAUCAAAUUUGGAAGAAAGAUACCUAUCAAACCAAAAUCUCAGGGAUAGUAGGUCUAAAAAGGUGAUUUCUCCACUCCAAGAUUACAAAGCCAAGAGAUCGAAACUAGUAGCAAGAAGGAGCUCCUACAUAGAGUCUAACUACCGGUACAGAUUUAUCCCAAAAGCUCUUCAAGCAGAUAAAGACUACAAAAGUUUUUGUGAGGAUGUCUACAAAGAAGAGCUCCAGAAACAGAACAGAAAUCCCUUCCAAAUCUGCCAGCUCAGGGAUAGCCAAAGAACCAAAAGAGAUUACUCAGUGCUUAAAUAAAUGGCUCAGAAAGCUCGGGUUCUUUGAUAGAUACCCUGAACUCAUCAUGGAUAGAGUCUGAGAGUGCCUCACUGCUAAAGAAUAUUCCAAAGACGAGGUUGUCAUUAACAAAGGCGAUGAAAGCACAUUCAUGAUCAUCCUAUUCACUGGUAAAAUUGGCAUAUAUUUGUAUCCUUUGAGAGAACUCAGAAAGAUUGGAGUCGAAGAUAACUGAAUUGCUUGCAUUGGAGACCCAUCUGUCUUAGGUGAUAGAGGUUUGCUUAACAAAGAACCCAGAACAGCUACUUGCCUUGCUCAACAAGAUGUGAAAGCUUUGUAUAUGUCAAGGCAUAAUUAUGUUAACAUUGUUGAGAGCUUUCACAAGACCCAACUGAAAAUGAACUUGGAUUACUCGAAGUCUUUGGAAAUAAUGAAGGACAUGGAUAUCGAAAGACUGACACCCCUCACUCAUAAUUACAAUAACUCAGUAUAUUCCAAAGGAAAUGUGAUAGUUGACUUCAAUGCUACACCAAUGCAGUUAUUCAUCCUUAAAGAAGGAAGACUAAAAGUGGAGAAAUAACUUGACAAUAAAACAGACCAAUCUUUGGCCCUCAGGGGUACAAAAAUGGACGAUGCAUGUAAAUAAAUAAACAAGUCAUAAAACAAAUUGAGUCUAUUGAAAAAUAACCAGGUAUUUGGUCUCUAUGAGCUCCUGGCGAAAGAACCAAUACAUUGACGAAUUUCUGUGGAGUCUGAAAAAGCUCAUAUUAUAUCAAUCAAUAGCAGUGAUCUCAAGCAAGCCUUUAAUAAGGACGCAUUAUACUCUAUGCUUGAGUAUAAAUCAUGAAUAAAGUUCCCCAAGGACUCUGAAGUCAUAUCAGAGGUUAUCAGAGAAGUCAAAGAGCAAAAACUCCAAUCCAAAAUCCUAGCCUCCUACAAAAACCAUAGACGAAUAUCCCACAGUCAGCAUCGGUUCAGUCAACUCUAACCACCCUUCCCACACAAAAUCCCCUAACAAAAGUUCCAAUAUU